GGGAAAGGUAGUUGAGAGUUCAGAGUUGAGACUAGCCCAGAAAAGAGUUGUUGACUUAGCAAAAUACAGGGGACGUGAAAUUAUGAACGCACACGGAGAAAGAAAGAACAGAGUCCAAUCCUUUAUUGAAGAGGCAAUUAUCUAAUAGGAGUUGAAUCCGGCUUUGUUUCAAGCAUUGCAAUCACUACUACUGUAAUUUCAAUUCCCAAAUCUAUUUACUAAGUAUAUUUCCAGCGGUUUCCAUGAGUACUCAAGGAGCCUCGUCGUCAUCAUCCUCUUCUUCUUCAACACCACAGCAGAGUUUUAGAAAAUUUUUUGUAGAACUUGUACUUGUUGUUUGGCGAUGGAUGGGCGUUUGGCUUUUUAGGAACAAUGAAGAAAUUUAGAGAGGGAAAUCUAUUUCGACAGAGCUCGUAAAAGAAAAAGAAGAAUCAAGUCAGGGCGCCUCAAUGUCAUCACCAUCUCCUUUUUCAACACCUCGAUGGAAAUACGAGGUGUUUCUUAGUUUUUGUGGUGUGGACACUCGUAGAGGUUUUACUGAUCAUCUAUAUGCUGCUUUGCAACGGAAUGGCAUUUUGACCUUUAGGGAUGAUGAAGAUUUUGACCUUUAGGGAUGAUGAAGAACUUGAAAGAGGAAAACCUAUUUCACUAGAGCUCUUGAAAGCAAUAGAAGAAUCGAGGUUUGCUAUCGUUAUUUUCUCAAGAAACUAUGCAUUUUCUACAUGGUGCUUGGAUGAACUCGCAAAGAUCAUUAGAUGCAUGAGGGAGACAGGACUGACGGUUUGGCUCGUUUUUUAUGAUGUGGAUCCAUCUAAUGUACGAAAACAGACAGGAACUUUUGGAGAGGCCUUUAGUGAACACGAAAACCGUUUCACAGAGAACAUAAAGAAAGUGGAAAUAUGGAGAGAUGCUUUGAGAGAAGUGACCAAUCUAUCUGGUUGGCAUCUACAAGAUUGGCAUGAAUCAGAAUUUAUCCAACACAUUGUGGAAGAGAUGAUGGAGAAAUUGAGUUCAAAGUCCUCAAGCAUUAGCAAAAACUUCAUAGGAAUAGAAUCUAAGGUGGCAAAAUUGAUCCCUUCAUAUUUAGGUUUUAAGAAUGAUGUUUGCAUGAUAGGAGUUUAUGGUAUGGGGGGAAUAGGAAAGACAACUCUUGCUAGAGUUGUUUAUGAUGAGUUUUGUAGUCAUUUUGAAGUUUCUAGCUUUAUUGCUAAUGUUAGGGAAGAUUCAAAAAAACACGGUUUGCAUCGAUUACAACAACAGCUUCUUGUAGACAUUUUGGAGGACAAAAAUAUAGAUAUAAGGAAUGUUUAUGAAGGAGUUGACAUGAUUAAGAAAAGGAUAUGUCAUAGAAAAGUUCUACUUGUUAUAGAUGAUGUCAACCAAUUGGAUCAAUUAGAAAAAUUGGUAGGAGAGCAGGACUGGUUUGGAUUGGGGAGUUGGAUCAUUAUAACAACUAGAGAUGAACAUGUGUUGGUCCAACAUGGAGUUCUUAAAAGAUAUAAGCCUGAAUUGUUAAAUAAUGAUGAUGCUUCAAAACUUUUUUGUUUGAAAGCCUUCAAAAUGGAGCAACCCAAAGAAGGUUAUAUGCAACUCUCCCUUAAAGUUGUAGAAUAUGCUAAUGGCCUUCCAUUAGCUCUUAUUACUUUGGGUUCCUUUUUGGUUGGAAGAACGACAGAUGAAUGGAAAAGUGCAUUGGAUAGUUUUAAAAAAACUAAAGGAGAAAUAUUUGAUAUACUUAAAAUAAGUUACGAUGGACUAGAGGAAAUGUGGAAGGAGAUCUUUUUAGAUAUUGCAUGUUUCUUUAGAGGGCGGACAAAAGAUAUAGUAAUACAGAUAUUAGAGAAUUGUGGUUUUGAUGCAAGAAUUGGUAUAAGUGUUCUUUUGGAAAAAUCUCUUCUAACCAUAGAUGACAAUGAAUGUUUGGGGAUGCAUGAUCUACUAGCAGAAAUGGGUGAAAAAAUUAUUCGUCUAGAAUCAGGUGGUAAGCUUGGAAAGCAGAGUAGAUUGUGGAUUAAUGAGGACUUACAUUGUGUAUUGGAGAAUGAUAUGGCAUUAGAAGCAAUUCAAGCCAUAGCCUUACCUUGGAAAAGGAAUUUCAAAUUUGAAGAAUUUCCUGAAGUUUUUUUGAAGAUGUCUAAUCUUAGAUUGCUGAUUAUUAAUGGUUUCGACAUCCCGGAUGCUCUCGAUUUUGCUCCAAAUAGCCUGAAGUAUCUUUCAUUGGAUUACAGUUCUUUAAAAUGUUUGCCAUCUAGUUUCCAACCAAAGGAGCUUGUUCAUCUUGACUUGCCCUUUAGCAAGUUUGAAUAUCUUUGGGAAGGAGAAAAGCGUUUAGGAAAGUUAAAGUUCAUUGAUCUUAGUUUUUCCACAAACCUUAUUAGGACACCUGACUUUUUUGGGGUUCCAAGACUUGUGCAACUAAAGCUUGGUGGUUGCUCUAAUUUGGUUGAGAUUCACCCAUCUAUUGGACAACUUAGCAGGCUUAAGUAUUUAGAUCUGAUAUGCUGUGUAUCUCUUACCAAUCUUCCCAGCAUGUCUGCUGAAAUGCAGUCUCUUACGACUAUUAGACUAUAUGUAUAAGUGCCAACCAUAAACAUCAUUCUAAAAAAUAGACCUUACUACAUACAAUAACAGCACUCUUAAACCCAUACAAUAAAAAUCUUUUGCAAAACAUAUUUACUCAUAUAUUUUUAUUAACUUA